GCAAUCCUCCCCUUCCUCUCUCCUUCAGUAAUGUCCAAGUACGAUCAUUCACGAGUCGCUCAAUUCAUCGGCGGUAACACCCUCGAAAAGGCUCCGUCCGGGCCAGUCAAGGACUUUGUCAAACAGCACGGAGGACACACGGUCAUCACCAAGGUUCUCAUUGCCAAUAACGGUAUUGCUGCCGUGAAGGAGAUUCGUUCCAUCCGACAAUGGAGUUACGAGACAUUUGGUACCGAGCGGGCCGUCGAGUUCACUGUCAUGGCUACACCGGAGGAUAUGAAGGUCAACGCCGAGUACAUUCGCAUGGCUGACCGGUAUGUCGAGGUGCCGGGAGGGACCAACAAUAACAACUACGCGAAUGUGGACCUCAUCGUCGAUGUCGCGGAGCGUGCUGGUGUUCAUGCCGUCUGGGCGGGGUGGGGUCACGCCUCGGAGAACCCUCGUCUGCCGGAAACUCUUGCUGCCAACAAAAUCGUGUUCAUUGGUCCCCCGGGAAGCGCGAUGCGCAGUCUCGGCGACAAGAUUUCGAGUACGAUCGUGGCGCAGAGCGCGAACGUCCCGACUAUGCCCUGGUCCGGCACUGGAAUUACGGAGACUACACUUUCGGAGGCCGGUUUCGUUACCGUUCCUGACGAUGUGUACCGGGCAGCGUGUGUUACGACGGUCGAGGAGGGUCUGGCAAAGGCUGAGGAGAUCGGCUUCCCAGUCAUGAUCAAGGCCUCCGAAGGUGGAGGAGGGAAGGGUAUCCGCAAGGUCGAGAGCGCAGACGCAUUCAAGAAUGCCUUUCACGCUGUCGCUGGAGAGAUUCCCGGCUCUCCCAUCUUCAUCAUGAAACUCGCGGGCCAGGCACGUCAUUUGGAGGUGCAGCUCCUUGCUGAUCAGUAUGGCAAUGCAAUUUCUCUUUUCGGUCGUGACUGCUCGGUGCAGCGUCGACACCAGAAGAUCAUCGAAGAGGCACCCGUCACCAUUGCAGAACCGAAGACAUUCGAGAAGAUGGAGCGCGCCGCAGUCCGGUUGGCGAAGCUUGUCGGAUAUGUCAGCGCUGGCACGGUCGAGUACCUAUAUAGCCACGCAGAGGAUGUAUUCCAUUUCCUUGAACUCAACCCCCGUCUUCAGGUCGAGCACCCGACGACCGAGAUGGUCUCUGGUGUCAACCUUCCCGCCGCUCAACUUCAGGUUGCUAUGGGUAUCCCUCUCCACCGCAUCCGCCACAUCCGUCAGCUGUACGGCGUCGAGCACAGCGGCACCUCAGAGAUCGACUUUGACAUGGUUGACCCCGAGGCCAGUACGUUGCAGCGCAAACCUCGUCCCAAGGGCCAUGUCAUUGCCGUGCGCAUCACGGCCGAGAACCCCGAUGCGGGCUUCAAGCCAUCGUCUGGUGUAUUGCAGGAGCUCAAUUUCCGCUCGAGUACCAACGUCUGGGGAUACUUCUCGGUCGCUAGCGCUGGGGGGCUGCACGAGUUCGCAGACUCGCAAUUUGGUCAUGUUUUCGCGUACGGGGAGGAUCGUGCCGAAUCUCGCAAGAACAUGGUUGUUGCAUUGAAGGAGCUCAGUAUCCGGGGAGACUUCCGCACGACCGUCGAGUACCUCAUCAAACUCUUGGAGCUUCAGGCCUUCCAGGAGAACACUAUAACUACCGGCUGGCUCGACUCCCUUAUCAGCGACAAGCUUACUGCUGAGCGUCCCGACUCUACGCUUGCUGUCAUCUGCGGUGCUGUAACCAAAGCCUUCUUGGCUGCAGAAGCGUCUUGGGGCGAGUACAAACGCAUCCUCGACAAGGGUCAGGUACCCUCCCGCGAUGUCCUCAAGACCGUCUUCGGCAUCGAUUUCAUCUACGACAACGUCCGCUACUCCUUCACUGCUACGCGGUCUUCUCCGACGCUCUGGACGCUGUACCUCAACGGCGGACGGACGCUGGUGGGCGCGCGUGGAUUGGCUGAUGGCGGCCUGUUGGUUCUGCUUGACGGCAAGAGCCAUUCUGUCUACUGGAGAGAGGAAGUGGGCGCGCUGCGUCUGAUGAUCGACUCGAAGACGUGCUUGAUCGAGCAGGAGAAUGACCCGACGCAGCUCCGGAGCCCCAGUCCGGGCAAGCUUGUCCGGUUCCUUGUGGAGAGCGGUGACCACAUCAAUGCUGGCGAGCAGUACGCCGAGAUCGAGGUCAUGAAGAUGUACAUGCCUCUCGUCGCUGCUGAAGACGGUAUUGUACAAUUCGUGAAGCAGCCGGGCGUCAGCCUCGAGCCCGGUGACAUUCUUGGUAUCCUCACCCUCGAUGAUCCCGCCCGCGUCAAGCAUGCUAAGCCCUUCGAGGGUCUGCUUCCCGACCUGGGCACUCCGGCCGUCGUCGGCAACAAGCCCCACCAGCGCAUGUACCACUACCUCGACGUCCUCAACAACAUCCUUGACGGGUAUGACAACCAGGCUGUUAUGGCGUCGACGCUCAAGGAUCUCAUCGAUAUCCUGCACAAUCCCGAACUUCCUUUUUCGGAAGGUACCGCUAUCCUAUCCACACUCUCUGGCCGUAUGCCUGCGAAGCUUGAGGAAGGUAUCCGCGCUGCCUUCGAUACCGCCAAGAGUAAGGGCGAAAGCAUCGAGUUCCCGACCAAUCGCAUCAAGAAGCUCGUGGACCACUACAUGGAGGACAACGUCCGUGCUCAGGACCGUGCAAUGUUCCGCACUCAGCUCGCCGUGCUCCUCGACGCCGUCGAGCGCUACCAGUUCGGUCUGAAGGGUCACGAGACAAAUGUUAUUGCGGGCCUGCUUGCUCGUUAUGAAGAGACUGAGAAGCUCUUCGGUGGCAGCAUCGAAGCGCGUGUCUUGACCCUCCGUGAGCAGAACAAGGACAACCUUGACAAGGUCGCGGCUCUCGUCCUCAGCCACAUCAUGGCGCAGAGGAAGGGUCGCUUAGUCAUAGCUAUCCUCGAUCAUGUCAAGAACAGUGGCUUGACUGUGACCGACCCCAACAGUCGCCUGUACCAGGUCCUGCAGGGUCUGGCUGCACUCGAGGCCAGGUCCUCCACCCAGGUCUCGCUAAAGGCGCGCGAGGUCCUCAUCGCAUGCCAGAUGCCCUCAUACGAGGAGCGCCGGGCUCAGAUGGAGGCCAUCCUUAAGUCCUCGGUUACCAACAGCUACUAUGGCGAGCCCGGUUCUGUUGUUCGAACUCCGUCGAUGGAAGUCUUGCGGGAGCUCAUCGAUUCGAGAUACACCGUGUACGACGUGCUUCCUACGUUCUGGAACUACAGCGAGCAGGAAAUCAUUCAUGCCUCACUUGAGGUCUAUGUCAGGCGUGCGUACAAGGCAUACACCCUUCUGUCAGUCGAUUACGAGGAGGGCGAUGGCAUGGAUGACGGUGAGGCGCCGAGUAUAGUCACCUGGCGUUUCAACCUCGGCCAGUCCAACUCGCCUCCUUCGACGCCUCGCCUCGGACGAGAUGAUCCUCCUCGCAGGCAGGCCUCCGUGAGCGACUUGACGUACAUGAUCAACGCACACCAGAAGCAGCCUCUCCGCAAUGGUGCCAUCGCAUCCUUCCCGAAUCUGGCCGCUCUCAAGCGCGGCUUUGACAAGGUCGCUUCCGUUCUUCCUAACUUCGAUCCUCGGGAAUAUCAGCUGCGCUAUGGUGCUAACAAUCAACCUCCGAACGUCCUGAACAUGGCGCUGCGUGUCUUCAACGAGGCCGACGACAUGUCCGAAGAUGCCUGGUAUGAGAAGAUCGAGGAGCUCGUCAACAGCCAUCGCGAUGUCCUCACCAAGCGGGGCGUCCGUCGUAUCUCAAUCCUCAUCUGUCGCCCUGGUCAGUAUCCUAUCUACUACACGCUUCGCGAGAUGGAUGGGGCUUGGAAGGAAGAGCAGGCUAUUCGUCACAUCGAGCCAGCCCUUGCGUUCCAGCUUGAGCUCAGUCGCUUGUCGAACUACAACCUCACUCCCUGCUUCACGGACAACAAGCAGCUGCACAUCUACCAUGGCGUUGCUCGCGAAAACCAGCUCGACAGCCGCUUCUUCAUCCGUGCCUUGGUGCGUCCCGGCCGUAUUCGCGGCAGCAUGAACACCGCCCAAUACCUCAUCUCCGAGACCGAUCGCCUGGUCACCAGCAUCCUCGAUGCCCUCGAAGUCGUGUCGGUGCAGCACCGCAACACUGACUGCAACCACAUCUUCAUGAACUUCAUCUACAACCUCUCCGUCACGUAUGAGGACGUCCUGGAGGCUAUUUCGGGUUUCAUUGAGCGUCACGGCAAGAGGCUCUGGCGCCUUCAUGUCACUGGCUCCGAGAUCCGCAUUGUUCUCGAGGAUCAGGACGGUAACGUUACCCCGAUUCGCUGUAUCAUCGAGAACGUCUCUGGUUUCAUCGUCAACUACCACGGCUAUCAGGAGAUCACCACCGAUAAGGGGACUACCAUCCUGAAGUCGAUCGGCGAGAAGGGCCCCCUCCACUUGCAGCCAGUUCACCAGGCGUAUCCCACCAAGGAGUCCCUGCAACCGAAGCGUUACCAGGCUCAUCUCGUCGGUACCACCUACGUCUACGACUUCCCCGACCUCUUCUCCAAGGCUCUCAGCAACGUGUGGGCAAAGGCUCGCGUGACGAGCCCUAGCCUCAGUCUGCCCAAGAAGAUCUUCGAGUCGAAGGAGCUCAUCCUCGACGAGCACGAACAGCUUCAGGAGGUUGACAGGGCGCCCGGUAAUAACACCGUCGGUAUGGUCGGUUGGGUCUUCACCCUCCGUACUCCCGAGUACCCGGACGGUCGUCGCGCCGUUGUCAUUGCCAACGACAUCACGUUCAAGAUCGGUUCAUUCGGGCCAGCAGAGGACCAAUUCUUCUUCCUUUGCUCGCAAUAUGCCCGUGAGCAUGGAUUGCCUCGCAUCUAUCUCUCGGCCAACUCCGGUGCUCGUAUUGGUCUCGCCGAGGAGGUUAUGAACCUGUUCUCCGUUGCUUGGAGCGACCCCGAGCAUCCCGAGAAGGGCAUCGAGUACCUCUACCUGACUCACGAGAACUUCCUAAAGCUUGGAGAGAAGACUGCUGCUGCGAUCCGCACUGUCGAGAUCGAGGAGAGCGGCGAGUGCCGCCACAAGAUAACCGACAUCAUCGGCCUGCAGGACGGUCUCGGCGUUGAAUGUCUGAAGGGUUCCGGGCUCAUUGCUGGCGAGACUUCUCGCGCCUAUGACGAUAUCUUCACCAUUACCCUUGUUACCGCUCGCUCUGUCGGCAUCGGUGCUUACCUUGUUCGUCUUGGUCAGCGUGCUGUCCAGGUCGAGGGCCAGCCCAUCAUCCUCACUGGUGCGCCUGCUCUCAACAAGGUGCUUGGUCGCGAGGUGUACACCUCCAACCUCCAGCUCGGUGGAACUCAAAUCAUGCACAAGAAUGGCGUCUCGCACUUGACUGCUAACAGCGACUUGGAGGGCGCUACGCACAUCCUCGAAUGGCUGUCCUACGUCCCCGAGUACAAGGGCGCUCCCCUAUCUGUGCUCGAGUCCGCUGACAAUUGGGACCGCGACAUCAAUUAUAUCCCUCCCAAAGGCCCCUACGAUCCGCGCUGGUUCAUUGCAGGCAAGCAGGACGAGUCCACCAACACUUGGCUCUCCGGCUUCUUCGACCGUGACUCCUUCCAGGAGACUCUUAGCGGAUGGGCUCAGACUGUCGUCGUCGGUCGUGCGCGUCUAGGUGGCAUACCCAUGGGCGUGAUCGCUGUCGAGACCAGGACCAUUGAGCGCAUCGUCCCCGCCGACCCUGCCAACCCAGCGUCGUUCGAGCAACGUAUCAUGGAGGCCGGUCAGGUGUGGUACCCUAACUCCGCGUAUAAGACUGCCCAGGCGAUCUUCGACUUCAACCGCGAGGGACUUCCACUGAUCAUCUUCGCCAACUGGCGUGGGUUCUCCGGUGGUCAACAGGAUAUGUAUGACGAGAUCCUCAAGCAAGGCUCGAAGAUUGUGGACGGUCUCUCCAGCUACAAGCAGCCGGUCUUCGUCUACAUAGUUCCGCAUGGCGAGCUCCGUGGUGGCGCAUGGGUCGUGCUCGAUCCGUCGAUCAACUCAGCCCAGAUGGACAUGUACGCAGACGUUGAGGCUCGUGCCGGUGUCCUCGAGCCUGAGGGUGUGGUCGAAAUUAAGAUGCGUCGUGACAAGAUCCUCAAGCUCAUGGAGCGUCUUGAUGCUACGUAUGCGAACCUCAAGAAGGACAGUACCGAUCCGUCGAAGACCCCCGAAGAUCGAGCGGCUGCGACGGAUGCCCUUGCUAAGCGUGAGACGCUCCUGCAGCCCACGUACAAGCAGAUCGCGUUGUUGUACGCCGAUCUCCACGACCGGACCGGUCGCAUGGAAGCAAAGGGCUGUGCGAAGUCGAUGACCUGGAAGGACGCGCGUAGGCGGUUCUACUGGGCUGUCCGUGCCAAGGUUGCCCGCUCGGCGGCUCUGGAGCAGCUCGCUGAGGCAAGUCCCGAGUCGACUUAUGACUAUCGCGAGCACUUGCUUGAGUCGCUCGCUGGCAUUGAGAACGAAAGCGACCCUCGCAAGAUCGCGGAAGCUCUGGAGAAGCUCGAUUUGUUGAACACGCUCACGCGGUUGAAGGCUGACCACCUAGCCCGUCGGAUGCUAGAGCUGGCCAACGAGGACAAGAAAGCUACCGUUGAUGGCCUCAUCCGUCUCAUUGAUAACCUCGGUGACGAAGAGAAGUUGGCUCUCAUUCAAGCACUGCAGAACUCGAACCGCUCUCCUGGCCCUCCCUCCUAUGCCUCGCCCUGAAUCCCGUACCCCAUAGAUAGGAAUGCGGGGUGAUACACGCUUUCUCACUUGUAGCAUAUAAUGUUUUGGCACUCCCACGUAUCUGUCUGCACGCUUUGCAUACCUCUGUUGUCCCACCAGUGCUUUGGCGUUGGCGAUACAGCGCGAGGUUGAGAAGAAGAUGUAGCUCAAGCAACUUUUGUAUACCUAGUAGCCCCUCAUCCAUACGUCUCGGUCUG